AUGUUGCCAUCUAUGUUAUCGGUUGUGGCAAAACAUGCACAACCAUUCACUUUUUCGCAAUCAAAACGUUUAUUAUCAAUGUCUAUACUCAGGUAUCAACAGCAACAACAAAAACCAGAGCAGCAGCAAUUAAUUACACCUCAAAUUUUAAAGAUAGUACCCACUGAAACAGAUGUUACUGUGUUAGAACAACAAGAUGAAUUAAUUAAACGUCGCCGGAAAUUAUCUAAAGAAGUUACUAAUAUGAAAAAGUUAAAGCCAGUUUCUCCAGGUUUAAGAUGGUAUCGUGCACCAUACUAUCCAUAUUUAUAUACUGGCCGUCCAGUCAGAUAUUUGACUUUUGCUAAACGUGGUACAGGUGGUAGAAAUCAUAGCGGUAAGAUCACAGUUCGUCAUAGAGGUGGUGGUCAUAAAAGAAGAAUUCGUACUGUUGACUUUGGGAGAAUGGAAAGUGGCCAACAAAUAGUUCAAAGAAUUGAAUAUGACCCAGGUAGAUCAGGUCACAUUGCCUUAUUGAAACAUAAGGAAACCGGCGAAUUAUCGUACAUAUUAGCUUGUGACGGUUUAAGAGAAGGGGAUGUUGUAGAAAGUUUUAGAAAGGGUGUUCCAAAUCAUUUAUUGAAUCUGAUGGGCGGUAAAGUGGAUCCUGCUAUCUUAAGUAUUCAUACUGCCCAAAGGGGUAAUUGUUUACCGAUAAGAAUGAUUCCCGUUGGUGCUAUUGUUCACAAUAUCGGCACCACGCCUAUUGGGCCUGCUAAAUUUUGUCGUUCUGCUGGUACUUAUGGUCGUAUUUUGGCCAAAAUUCCUGAGAAAUCUAAAGCUGUUGUCAGAUUACAAUCUGGCGAGCAUAGAUACGUUCAUCUCGAUGCAUGUGCCACUAUGGGUGUUGUUUCCAACAUUGAUCAUCAAAACAGAUCUUUAGGUAAGGCUGGUAGAUCUAGAUGGAGAGGAAUUAGACCAACUGUCAGAGGUGUCGCUAUGAAUAAAUGUGACCAUCCACAUGGUGGUGGUAGAGGUAAAUCUAAGUCAAAGAAAUUAACUGUUUCUCCAUGGGGUCAAUUGGCUAAAGGUUACAAAACUAGAAGAGGUAAACAUCAAAAUAGAAUGAAGGUUAGGGAUAGGCCAAGAGGUAAGGUUAGAUCUUAA